CAGUUUAGCGCGUCCACGUGGUGUAUCAAGUGUGUGCGAGACAUUACAGACGCUGCAUCACAGCUCAUUCAAUUUCUAUCCAGACGCCGACCAAUUCAGAGACAGCUAUGGCUUCCGGGGUGACAGUGACGGAUGACGUUAUCACAGUCUUCAACGAGAUGAAAGUGCGCAAGUUGCAGGCAAACGAGGAUGAGAAGAAGAAGAGGAAGAAGGCGGUGCUGUUCUGCCUUAGUGAGGACAAGAAGCACAUUAUCCUGGAGGAGGGUCAGGAGAUCCUGACAGGAGAUGUGGGCGUCACUGUCCAGGACCCCUACCUGCACUUUGUCAAGAUGCUGCCACCAGAUGACUGCCGUUACGCCCURUAUGACGCCACCUAUGAGACCAAGGAGACCAAGAAAGAGGACCUGGUCUUCAUCUUCUGGGCCCCAGAUGGUGCUCCCCUGAAGAGCAAGAUGAUCUACGCCAGCUCAAAAGAUGCCAUCAAGAAGAAGUUCACAGGUAUCAAACACGAGUGGCAAGUGAACGGUUUGGAAGACAUCAAGGACCGACGCACCCUUGCAGACAAGCUCGGAGGCUCAUCGGUAGUCACCCUGGAAGGAAGCCCUAUAUAAAUCUAGCCCCGGGCUUCAACUGAAGCCAAACACAUCUGAGGGGUUUGGCUGUUCAUUCCAAUAUGGUUGGGAGGAGGGGCAAAGCAGGACCAGGAUCAUUUGUGGGACUGUUGGGGGGGGGGGUGAAAGUGACAGUUUUCAAAUUCCACAAAUGCAGCCUGUCAUUCCAGUUCACACGACAUGAUGACCACGAACAAAACGUACACUAAGAAAAAGCAAUAAAAAGAAAUAAAAUAAAAAAUAUAUAAAAUUGA